AUGGCUGACGUACCACCAUCUCUCGCUGACUUGCCUAAAAUUCCUUCGGAAAUUGCAUCUGCUGUUAUGGGCAAAGUGGAACUUAAGAAGGUUUCAACAAAGGAGAAAAAUAUUCUGCCAACAAUGGAAGAUGUAACAAAGGAGCGUCAACAUGCGGCCAUGCUCAGUGGAAUCGAGAACUUCUGUGCCGAUCAACUAAAACAUUCUGAACUGGAGGAAAAAGUAUCGCUACCAAGCAAUGAAGACAUAAUUCAAGAGAAGCAACACAUUGAGCUGACUCAGAAGAUAGAAUCAUUUUCUGUUGAACAGCUUCGUCAUGCUGAGACUGAGGAGAAAAAUGUGCUACCUAGCAAAGAAGGUUAG